AUGAUACGGGAGACAACAGCCAACCCCGACACGAGUAGCAUGGGUGACGCGUUAGCUGAGCGAGCUUGCAUCAAGCUUUCGGGGAUACUGUAUCCUGGGGAUGCCCCAGACGACGUGGGCUUGCUGGCCACUGACCGUUUCUACCUGUACCAGGUAUCUGAGAAUGAAUAUGUCAUAAUGGACUCAGGAUGCAGGCUGGAUCCAGAGCUUACCAUACCUAUUGCGUCGCUAAUGAAUCCAUUAUUCGAACUAGAUCACUGGUACUGGCAUCACCUGGGUCUAAGACGGGGCUGUAAUAAACGAGACCUCACGAGGAGUGAGCGUCAACAUACCUGGAGGUCCAGGUCUGUGGGAGACGCCUUGGCAGAGCACGCUACCUUCCUAUUGGACUCAUGGUCCCAGUACCCAAACGAUGGGCCCGCAUGUAGAGCGCUGCGGAGGUUCGAGUGUUGCUUCGUAGGUGAAGGACUCUACGAAGUCUACGACACCGUGCUGUCCUUCUCGGCAACGGUGUCUGAGAAACUGUUAAUGAACAGACACUUUAACAUCACUAAUUGGUAUGCAAAGCGACUCACCGCAGGCUACCAUGCCCUGCAGGACAAGUUUGAUGAGUGGACUUGUGAAUGGGAUGUAUUUCGGCUGUUAGAUUGCGGGUUGCUAUCGCCAAUGGAUUGUCAAUUGGACAAGCUGGCGAGAUAUAUAUUAGAACCCAUACCUCCAAUGUGA